AUGGAUGUAGAGCGGCUUGCGACGGCUCAAGUAGAAUGGGUCAACGCGCUCUCCGGGGCACAACAGCUCGUCUCGCUUCGACACGCACUGCUCUACGUGCUCUACAAAGAGCUGCAAGGCCAACCGCCGCACGGGUUGCUACGCAAAAUAGGCAAGUCCAUAACCGAAGAACCCCGCAGUUUCCAGGCCUGGGUGGGCCAAACGUCAAACCCAGACAGCGUUGACAUCGACCAGUACCCGUCAAUUACUACCCGUGAGUUCCUUGCCUCCCUAUCCGAAGGAGAGGGGUCAGAUGCUGAAGUCGAGAGAGCGCGUGGUCAACAGCAACCGACGCACACGCCAAGAACGCCACUACGGACCACUCAGCGACAUGCACCCUCGAGCGCACGGCAAACGGUGGCAGUUCCCAACCUAGCCACUGAGUCUAACGAUACCGACGAAGAUGCAGCCGAGCUGGAACUGAUUGAAUUCAUCCGAGAUCAGAGACCGCACCUCCUGCGAACGUACUUGCAGUGA